AUGUCUGACAUAGUUUUAAGUCUGAGUAUUAAAGAAGCUGAAUUAUUGGUUUCCAAACCAUUCUUUCUAAGACCAUAUGUAUGGCCAUUUACUAUAAUAUAUCCAAUUUUUUUACAAUUAUACUUCAAUCAUUAUGAUACAUAUUUUGUUGGUAAAGAAUGGACAUUUGUAUAUACUAUAGCUAUUGUUUCAUUAAAUCUAUUAUUUUGGUUGAUGCCUCAUUGGAAUCAAGAUAUUAAUGCAAGUUUUAAUUAUCAAAAAGUUGAUAAGAUUUCAGAUGCUCAAUAUAUAAAAAUAACUCCUGCACCAAAUUCAGGAAUUGGAGAAAUCUCACCAGUUUUAAGAGAAACUUUCCACGAUGGUGAAAAACAAAUUAGUUUCUUGUAUCAAAAAAGAAAAUAUUUAUUUCACUCUGAAUUUCAAAAAUUUGCACCACCUGAAUUUUUAUUUGAUAAAUUACCAGAAUUAAAAGUUUAUCAACAAACUAAAGGAUUAAGUGGAGAUUUAGAAAAAAAAAUUAGAAAUUAUGGUAAAAAUAAAUUUGAUAUUCCAAUUCCAACUUUUUUAGAAUUAUUUAAAGAACAUGCAGUUGCUCCAUUUUUUGUUUUUCAAAUCUUUUGUGUUGCAUUAUGGUGUAUGGAUGAGCAAUGGUAUUAUUCAUUAUUUUCCUUGUUUAUGUUAGUUUCAUUUGAAAUGACAACUGUUUUCCAAAGAAGAACAACAAUGUCUGAAUUUCAAAGUAUGGGUAUUAAACCUUAUGAAAUUUAUGUUUACAGAGACAGUGAAUGGGAAAAAAUUUCAACUAUUGAUUUAUUACCUGGAGAUUUAGUAUCAAUCACAAGAACAAGUGAUGAUAGUGCUUUACCAUGUGAUUUAUUAUUAACUGAUGGAUCUGCAAUUGUAAAUGAAGCUAUGUUAUCUGGUGAAUCUACUCCAUUAUUAAAAGAAUCUAUUAAAUUAAGACCAGCUGAUGAUAAUUUACAACCUGAAGGAUUUGAUAAAAACUCAAUUUUACAUGGUGGUACACUGGCAUUGCAAGUUACUAAACCAGAAAAUCCAAUAGUUCCUGUUGCUCCAGAUGGUGGUGCAUUUGCUGUAGUUAUAAAAACCGGAUUUGAAACUUCUCAAGGUUCUUUAGUUCGUAUGAUGAUUUUUUCAAGUGAAAGAGUUUCAGUUGGUAAUAAGGAGGCAUUUAUGUUUAUUUUAUUUUUAUUAAUUUUUGCUAUUGCUGCAUCAUGGUAUGUUUGGGUUGAAGGUACAAGAAUGGGUAGAAUUCAAUCAAAAUUGAUUUUGGAUUGUAUUAUCGUUAUAACUUCAGUUGUUCCACCAGAAUUACCAAUGGAAUUAACAAUGGCUGUAAAUUCAUCAUUAUCCAAAUUACAAAAAUUUUAUGUUUAUUGUACUGAACCUUUCAGAAUUCCAUUAGCUGGUAGAAUUGAUGUUUGUUGUUUCGAUAAAACUGGUACUUUAACUGCUGAAGAUUUAGUAUUUGAAGGUUUAGCUGGUUUUAAGAAUGAUGACAUUCAUCACUUAUAUAAAGCUGAGGAAGCUCCAGAUACCACAUCGUAUGUCUUGGGAUCCGCUCAUGCAUUAGUUAAAUUAGAUGAUGGUGAUGUAGUUGGUGAUCCAAUGGAACAAGCUACUUUAAGUGCUGCUCUUUGGAAUGUUGGUGCAAAUGAUAUUGUUACAAGAGAAAAUGAUAAAAAAUCAGGUAAAACUGAAAAAAUAAAAAUUUUACGUCGUUUCCAAUUUUCAAGUGCUUUAAAAAGAUCAGCUACAAUUUCAUCAAUUAAUACAAUUCCAAAUAAAAAUUUUGUUGCUGCUAAAGGUGCGCCAGAAACUAUUCGUCAAUUAAUUGUUGAUGCUCCGGAAAACUAUGAAGACAUUUACAAAUCUUUUACAAGAGCAGGCUCACGUGUUUUAGCAUUAGCUUAUAAAUAUUUAGAUCAAAAUGUUAAUGUCAACAAAAUUACAAGAGAACAAGUUGAAUCAGGUUUACAUUUUGCUGGAUUUAUUGUUUUCCAUUGUCCAUUAAAAGAUGAUGCUAUUGAAACUAUAAAAAUGUUGAAUGAAUCAUCACAUCGUUCAAUUAUGAUUACUGGUGAUAAUGCAUUAACUGCUUGUCAUGUUGCUAAAGAAGUUGCUAUCACCACCAAGGAUGUAUUAAUAUUAGAUGCUCCGGAAGAACAUCAUAAUACAGAAGCCACCGCUGAUUUAGUAUGGAGAAAUGUUCAAGAAACCGUUGUUUUACCAUGUAAUUCAACCGACAAAAUUGAUUUUAUUGAAUUAGCUAAAUAUGAUAUUUGUUUAACCGGUUAUGCACUUAAUUUAUUAAGUGAAAAUCCUCAAUUAAUUGACUUAUUGAAAAAGACUUGGAUUUAUGCAAGAGUAUCACCAAAUCAAAAAGAAUUUAUUUUAACCUCAUUAAAAGAUGCUGGAUACAACACUUUAAUGUGUGGUGAUGGUACAAAUGAUGUUGGAGCUUUGAAACAAGCAAAUAUUGGAGUAGCAUUAUUAAAUGGUACAGAAGAAGGUAUGAAGAAAAUGCUCGAAAAUAGAAAAAUUGAAGCAACUAAAAAAGUUUAUGAUAAACAAGUUCAAUUAUUUGCAAAUUGGGGUAAACCAGCACCACCAGUUCCACAAAUUAUUGCACAUUUAUAUCCACCAGGACAAAAUAAUCCAAAAUAUUUAGAAGCAAUGGAGAAGAAAGGUGUAACUAUUACUGAAGAUAUGAAAUUAGCAGUUGCAGCAGCAAUGAGAGAACCGAUUAAAGUCAUAAAACCAGGUAAUCCAGUUCCAGCUGAUGGUGGUAAAUUUGCUGAUACAAUAUUAGGAGCAUUAAAUGAUGCAGAAGCAGAAGAUGAAGUUCCAACUUUGAAAUUAGGUGAUGCAUCAGUUGCCGCACCUUUCACUUCAAAAUUAGCAAAUGUUAGUACUGUUACUCAUAUUAUUCGUCAAGGUCGUUGUGCAUUAGUUUCAACUAUUCAAAUGUAUAAAAUAUUAGCAUUAAAUUGUUUAAUUUCCUCGUACUCAUUAUCAGUAUUAUAUUUAGCAGGUAUGAAAUUUGGUGAUGGGCAAGCUACAAUUUCAGGUAUUUUAUUAUCUGUAUGCUUCUUAUCUAUAUCCAGAGGUAAACCAUUGGAAAAAUUAUCCAAGGAAAGACCCCAAGAAGGUAUAUUUAAUAUUUAUAUUAUGGGAUCAAUUUUAGGUCAAUUUUUCAUUCACAUUAUUACUUUAAUUUAUAUAACUCGAGAAGUUUAUUUAUUAGAACCAAAAGAACCAUCAAUUGAUUUAGAAAAAACAUUUACCCCAUCAUUAUUAAAUACUGGUAUGUUUUUAUUACAAUUAGCACAACAAGUUUCAACAUUUGCAGUAAAUUAUAUUGGAUUACCAUUUAGAGAAAAAAUAAGUGAUAAUAAAGGAAUGUAUUAUGGAUUAUUAGGAGUUGCUGCUUUAACUUUUGCAGGAUCAACUGAAUUUAUUCCAGAAAUUAAUGAAGCUAUGCAAUUUGUACCUAUGUCAAAUGAUUUUAAAAUUAAAUUAACUGGAUCUAUAAUUGUUGAUUUAGGAGCUACUUGGAUUAUUGAAAAUGUUUUGAAAUAUUAUUUUAUGAAUUCUCAUGCUGCUGAUAUUGCAUUAAGAGAAGAAGAAUUAGAAUAA